AUGUUCAGUCAAGUUGUGACCAAUCAAACUGGGAAACAGAGAGGAGCUCGACAAAAGGAGGUUGAAUUUUCAAGGAUUCGUGAAUUCUUGAGGAUGAACCCCCCAAGUUUCAGUGGUUUGAACACUACUGAGGAUCCAAAGAACUUCAUUGAGGAACUGAAAAAUGUGUUCGAGGUAGAGAAAAAAAAUCUAAGAGACAGGGAGGACUUCAAGAACAAAAGACCUAAGACAGGGAAUGGGUCCAGGCAAAAAAAGAGUAAUGCCAACCAGUCAUCCUUCAAACAGAAACGAAAGGGUCCUGCUCUAUCAUCUGCUAGUGCACCUGCAAAAAACAAGGGUGAGUAUUAUGGUCAGAAUUCUAGAGUUAAAUUUGCAUAUUCACAGGGUAAUGUAGCGCAAGGGGGUAGUAAACCUCCUACAUGCGCCAAGUGUAGUAGAAACCACUCUGGUGUUUGUCGUGAGGGCUCCAAUGGUUGUUUCAAUCGUGGUCAAACUAGGAAUUUCAUGCAAGAGUGUCCAAGGAACAAGCAAGGAAAUGGUAAUGGUGGAAAUAGAGCCAGUCUUCAUUAG